UCAGCAGACGUCGUGCUGGGAUUGGAAUGCUACAAUGUAACAAUCGCAACUGGACGCUUCAGAUUAAAGCGCUGGAAUGUAACGUUGUAUCAUCGGCGUCGCGAACGCGUUUUGAAUGUAACAAGGAAGAGAAAAACGCGUCGGUUUGUUUUUUGACGAGAGGUAAGAGAACAGCAACCACACGAUUGUAAAGACAACCAGCCCUUUGGAGGAUUUAUCAGAGAAAAAUAUGUGAGAAUACACGGAUCUGUGAGGAUUUCUCCGCUCGGGAAGUUUGUGACAGGGUCUUUCUGACUCACACGCAUCACAUGAGACCCAUCUCUGGGAAAUUUCUCGGACUGCUCCUGCUGGACUUCCUCCAGGCUGGAUUUCAGGAACUCUGAAAGUACUUUCUGAUUGAUCCGGAACAGUUCAGAUGUCAUCUGUCAGUAGUUUAGAUGCUGUCUAAUGUAAACCAGGCACCGGAGAGGAGAGAGGUAGAUCCAUAAAAGGGGUUUAAGGUUAAGUCGCCCACAUGCUCUGGAUUUGGGAUUGGAAUCGCAAGGUGGAAGUUGAGAGCAUCAAAUCCCUGCAGGUCUGUGGAAGAUGCUGUCCAGCCGGAGUUGAGACCUUCGGAUUCAUCAGCAACCAGCUCCAUCUGGAUCUAAGGACACAUGCAGGCCAAAAAACGCUAUUUAAUUCUGUUCUCUGCAGGUGUGUGUCUCAUUCUUCUCUUUUACCUGCAGGGACCAGCGUCCAGAAGGACUCCAAACCGAGGGGAUGACCCCCAUCCACACUGGCCCCACUUCUCAGACCUCUUACGAGCUUUUAUUCCUUGGGAUCAGACCGAAACGGAGGACUAUAAUGUGCGCACUUCUCCGAGACACAAAAGAGAUGACAACUCUGGAGGUUACAAGUGCAGAAUGGACUCUUGCUUUGAUUUCUCCUUGUGCAGGAGGAACGGCUUUAAAGUCUACGUCUACCCUCAACAGAAAGGUGAGAAGAUCUCAGAAAGCUACCAAAACAUCUUGUCCUCCAUUGAGGGCUCCAGGUUCUACACUUCUGACCCGGGACAGGCUUGCCUUUUUGUUUUGAACCUUGACACCUUGGACCGAGACCAGCUGUCUCCUCAGUACGUCCACAACCUCAAAACUAAGAUCCAGAACUUGAACCUGUGGAAUAACGGGAGGAAUCACCUGAUCUUUAACCUGUAUUCGGGCACAUGGCCGGAUUACACGGAGGAUUUGGGGUUUGAUAUCGGACAAGCCAUGUUGGCCAAAGCCAGCAUCAGCACGGAGAACUUCAGACCCAAUUUUGACAUCUCCAUCCCAUUGUUCUCCAAAGAUCACCCCCGAACUGGAGGAGAAAGGGGGUAUUUAAAAUACAACACCAUCCCUCCCUUUAGGAAAUAUGUGCUGGUUUUUAAAGGCAAGCGCUAUCUGACUGGGAUCGGAUCUGAUACGAGGAAUGCGCUUUAUCACAUCCACAAUGCUGAAGACGUGGUUCUCCUCACCACGUGCAAACACGGCAAAGACUGGCAGAAGCAUAAAGAUGCUCGAUGCGACAAGGACAAUGCUGAAUAUGACAGGUACGACUAUAAAGAAAUGCUGCAUAACUCCACUUUUUGUCUCGUGCCUCGAGGACGCCGCCUGGGCUCUUUCCGUUUCCUGGAGGCUCUGCAGGCCGCUUGUGUUCCCGUCAUGCUCAGUAACGGCUGGGAGCUUCCCUUCUCAGAGAUCAUCGACUGGCGCACGGCUGCCGUCAUUGGGGACGAGAGACUUCUUCUACAGAUUCCAUCGACGGUUCGCUCCAUCCAUCAAGAUCGCAUUCUGUCUCUCCGCCAGCAGACGCAGUUCUUGUGGGAAGCGUAUUUCUCUUCUGUGGAGAAAAUUGUGCUCACAACAUUGGAGAUCAUCCAAGACCGUGUGUUACAGCACAACGCCCGCAGCACAUUGAUGUGGAACCGGUUGCCUGGAGGACUCUUCACUUUGCCUCAAUACUCGUCCUACCUGGGCGACUUCCCCUUCUUCUAUGCUGUGCUCGGUGUUAAACCACAGCAGAAGUUCACUGCCGUCAUUCACGCUGUCACGCCUCUCGUAUCUCAGUCUCAACCGAUUUUCAAGUUGCUAGUGGCUGUGGCCAAAUCACAGUACUGUGCCCAGAUCAUCGUCUUGUGGAACUGUGACAAGCCUCUCCCUGCGAAGCACCGCUGGCCUGCCACCUCUGUUCCAGUCAUCGUAAUCGAGGGCGAGAGCAAGGUGAUGAGCAGUCGAUUCCUGCCCUAUGAAAAUAUCAAAACUGAUGCAGUCUUGAGUCUGGAUGAAGACACUGUGCUCUCGACUACAGAGGUGGAUUUUGCCUUCACAGUUUGGCAAAGUUUCCCAGAGAGGAUCGUUGGAUACCCAGCACGGAGCCAUUUCUGGGACUCUAACAAGGAGCGUUGGGGCUACACCUCCAAAUGGACCAAUGACUACUCCAUGGUGCUGACUGGAGCUGCUUUCUACCACAGGUAUUAUAACUACUUGUAUACACACUACCUGCCCGGCAGCUUGAAGAGUAUGGUUGACCAGCUCUCAAACUGUGAAGACAUCCUCAUGAACUUCUUGGUGUCUGCUGUCACUAAGAUGCCUCCUAUCAAGGUCACUCAAAAGAAGCAGUACAAGGAGACGAUGAUGGGACAGACAUCCCGAGCAUCACGUUGGGCUGAUCCUGACCACUUUGCCCAGCGGCAGACGUGCAUGAACAAAUUUGCCAGCUGGUUUGGCACCAUGCCCCUGGUCCAUUCGCAGAUGAGACUGGAUCCCGUUCUGUUCAAGGACCAGGUAUCGAUACUGCGCAAAAAGUACAGAGACAUCGAGAGACUCUGACGAAGCUGAGCAACCCUUUCCCUCUGAACAGGGAUGGGAAAUGGCAUCCAAAUCCCCCCAGAACCCUGAAAAACCAGAUCAACAGGGAUAAAAACGGGGGCACGGAAACCCUCAGGGAGGGAGCGCAUCGAGAUUGGGGGAGAGUGUUGUGCUCGUCUGUUAGAGAUCGUCACUAACUAUAAAUAUAUGAAAGCGAGAGGUUCGAUUCGAGACCACGUUGACGUUAUGUUUAGCACAACACAAAGACGCGCCAACGUUGGCAGCUUUCUGUCUUCCACACCCCCUCUUGUAAUGCUUUGCCAAUGACAACGGUGACCAUGGCAACUUUGCCAAAGCCGGGCAGCCACACACACAUCCACAUGCAGUCAGAAUAUAGACUACCGCACACCGGUUUAACCUCUGGAUCAGACCUCUCCAUGUUAGACGUGCGAUACGCCUGGCUGGAAGAGUCGCCCGCAAUCCAGCCGUGCAUAUUUAUUCAGUUCGCCUUCGGCAAGCGUUACGCCCCUCUUGAAGACGCAGGACGACGUCCCGUGGAGAAGUCAAGCGUGCGAAACACUGCGCACAACGUCACAGUGCCUGAGCUUUCAGAUGGACCGUAUCUGGGAGUCCAAAGGGGUUUUGUAUGAAUGCAAAAACACCUUGUUCAUGCUGCUUUAUAUUUGGAUUCAAAUGUAGGUGUUCCACAAAUUGGCCCAACAUUUUGUUUUUCUUUCUUUCUACACAAGCCUUUUGGUGUGUUUUAUCAAACUGACAUAAUUUUAGUAUUUUUUGAUGAUUUAGACCCAAUGCCACAAACAUCUCGUUUGUCUGGUUUCUUGCGAGUCUUAAUGAGUGUCAAAGGCCACAUUCACACUGCAGCUAAUUCAGAUGUCAUGUGACUGCUUCAUUUAAAAAAUCCAAUUUGUUCAAUGACAACCGGUUUUACAAUUAAUAUUAAUAAUAACUAGUUGUUAAUGCAGCAAUGCCACUUGUCCACUGGCAAACAUGGAGGGGCUUAAAACACCAAAUCUGUUUACAGUGGUUUAAAAUAAAAAAAUGUAAAAACAAAAUUCUAAAUGUUCACACACAUUUGAAUCUCCACUCAAUAAUGUUUCUUUCUUUAAAACACCAAACAUUCUAAAUAGAUGUUGCAAUCCAUUUCUCUUUUGUUGUCAGUCUUGACAAGUCAGCCAGAGUUUAUGUGGCUAUUUUGUAGGUUUUUCACAAAUUGGCCCAAAGUUCAUUGUUUUUUCUUUCUUUCUAUACAAGCCUUUUGGUGUGUUUUGUCAAACUGACAUUAUUUUAGUAUUUUUUUUAUAAUUUAGACCCAAUGCCACAAACAUUUAGUUUGUCUGGUUUUCUUGCGAGUCUUGUGAGUGUACUGCCAUAUCAAAGGCCAUGUUCACACUGCAGCUAAUUCAGAUGUCACUUCACUUCUGACUGCUUCAUCUUGGUCUUAAUUUGUUUUUGACACAUUUUUACAUCCAAAAUUUACAAUGACAACCACUUUUACAAUUCAAAUGAAUAAUAACUAUUUGUUAAUGCAGUGAUGCUACUUAUCUAAUGACAAACAUGACAGGGCUGUAUACGACUGUUUGAAUUUUUUUUUUACAUUUCAGAAUGUUCACACCCAUUCUAAAAUCCACUCACUAAUGUUUCUUUCUUUAAAACACCAAAUAUUCUAAAUAGAUGUUGCAAUCCAUUUCUCUUUUGUGGUCAGUCUCGACAAGUCAGCCAGAGUUUAUGUGGCUAUUAUGAAGUUUUUCCACAAAUUGGCCCACAGUUCAUUGUUUUUUCUUUCUUUCUAUACAAGCCUUUUGGUGUAAUUUGUCAAACUGACAUUUUAGUUUUUUUUUUUUUUAAAUAUUUAAACCCAAUGCCACAAACAUUUUGUUUGUAUGGUUUUUUUUGUUAGUCUUAUGAGUGCAAUACCAUAUCAAAGGCCAUGUUCACACUGCAGCUAAUUCAGAUGUCACUCCACUUCUGACUGCUUCAUCUUGGUCUUAAUUUGUUUUUGACACAUGUUUAUAUUCAAAUUGUUCAAUGACAGUUUUGCAAUUCAUAUUAAUAACUGGUUGUUCAUGCAGUAAUGUCACUUGUCUAAUGACAAACAUGGAGUGGCUUAAAACACCACAUCUGUUCAUGGUCAUUUAAAAUUUUACAAUUUCAAACGUUCACACCCAUUCUGAACUCAACUCACUAAUGUUUCUUUCUUUAAAACAUCAGACAUUCUAAAUAGAUGUUGCAAUCCAUUUCUCUUUUGUUAUCAGUCUCAACAAGUCAGCCAGAGUUUAUGUGGUUAUUAUGAAGGUUUUAAGUUUAUUGUUUUUUUCUUUCUUUCUGUACAGGCCUGUUGGUGCAUUUUGUCAAACUGACAAUUUUUAGUGUUUUUUUUGUUUGCUUUGUUUUUUGAUGAUUUCAACACUAUGCCACAGACAUCUUAUUUGUCUGGUUUUCUUGCAAGUCUUAUGAGUUUAAUGCCAUAUCAGAGACCAUGUUCACACUGUUUUCAAAUUCAAAACGUUCACACCCAUUCUAAACUCCACUCACUGAUGUUUCUUUCUUUAAAACACCUGAGAUUCUAAACAGAUGUUGCAAUCCAUUUCUUUUUUGUUGUCAGUCUCGACAAGUCAGCCAGAGGUUAUGUGGCUAUUAUGUAAGUUUUCCACAAAUUGGCCCAAAGUUUAUUGUUUUUUCUUUCUUUCUGUACAGGCCUCUUGGUGUAAUUUGUCAAACUGACGGUUUUUAGUGUUUUUUUUUCUUUUGAUGAUGAUUUCAACCCUAUGCUACAGACAUUUCGUUUGUCUGGUUUUCUUGCAAGUCUUAUGAGUUUAAUGCCAUAUCAGAGGCCACAUUCACACUGGAGCUAAUUCAGAUGUCACUCCACUUCUGACUGCUUCAUCUUGGUCUUAAUUUGUUUUUGACACAUUUUUACAUUCAAAUUGUUCAAUGACAACCCAUUUUGCAAUUCUUAUUAAUAACUGGUUGUUAAUGCAGCAAUGCCACUUGUCUAAUGACACCAAAUCCAUUACAGUGGUUUAACUUUU